CGUCAGGGCGGACAAUCGGGGCGGAAGUUUGUCGUCGUAUUUUCAAAAUAUGUCCGACCAACAAACGGAUUCGUACGAUUCGAGACCAGUAACGUCGAAAAAGGAGAGACCACCCUUCAAGUUGUGUUUCUCGAGAAGCCAACAAACCGGAAGAUCCAACACUUGCGUAUCGAAAACGAAUGCAAACUUCGUCACGCCGAAAUUCUACUCGAGGGAACUCGAGGACGCGCGGAAUGCAGACGUAAGCGAUACGCUCGAGAGAAUCGCUGCGGAAGAGGAUAGAAAUCCGAGGAAUCUUUAUCAAUUACCACUGUUGACCAGUCACACUUAUGGUUGGUGGCACGACAAGGGGAUACAGCCGAAGGACACGCGAUUCAAUUUUCAUAAAAGAACGUCGGACCUGGUGAGUUUCCAGAUGAAAAUUUACGCCGAGGAUCGAAAUUUGAAGGGUCUUAAACAAUAA